AGUAGAUCGAUUGAUAGCUCUGCGCUGUAAGGCUUUUCGUUUGUCAUUUAUCAAAAAAUAAAACAAUAAUCUCGAAGAGGAAGUUAUCUGUUCAAUGCCUAUGACAAUGAACAAGCUCUAGCUCCCGUAACUCGUUCAAACUUCAAAAUAUUAAGUAUAAUCUCGAAUACGACGGAUAUAAUAUUCUAUUGACCAACUAUUUAGUUUAAUCGAUAAGGAAUAAAUGCAAAAAUUAUAUAAGAAGAUCGAAAGUGAAAAGUAUAACAAUUUUUAAAUAAAGUGCUUAAUUAAUCCACAUGUAUCGAAAACUAUUUCAACAUUUGUCUUAAAAUGAUUUAUAUAGACAGUAAUAUUGGAUGUGGACUGAUAGGUUGUGUGAGGCAUAUAAAGUAAAUUAAAAUAUUUUCUCGAAACAAACUAAUAUUUGUUAUUAAUUUUCGGUGAAAUUGAACGAAAGUGUUUAUGAAUUUACCACAUGUAACGGAACACUAAAUAUAUUGGUAAACAUGUCGGAGGCAUCAAAGGACGACGAGGACAAUGUAAAGGAGAAUGCGAAAAUAUUACUCCCAACAGUUCUUUGUACCGAUUCAGAGACUGAAGUCACUCAAACGAACGUAAUAUCUGAAUCCAAGUUAUCCUUACCUUCGGCCCUGGGGACACCCACUUCUCCCCUUUUAGUUAACAGCCCAUUGUCUUUGCCAAACUCACCGACUCCGUUUACGAAGAUCCAUCAGACACGAUCCAAUAAAUCCUUUGAGAAGUCUGAGUUGACACUGAAGCAGGUUGACAUGAAUAAAAAAGAUACAGGAUCGGCUACUGGCAACCCUCGAAACAAAUGUGCAUUGCAACCAGGCCACAGUCUUAUGGACUGGAUUCGUUUAGGGAAUUCAGGAAAGGAUUUAACAGGUGUAGGUGGACGAGUUAGACCUGUCUCGCCUUCGGAACUAUCAUUGCAUAAUUCUCAAAAUGAUGCAUGGUUAGCGAUACGCGGACGUGUAUACAACAUAACCCACUACUUACCAUAUCACCCUGGAGGUCCCGAAGAAUUGAUGCGCGGAGCCGGAAUGGACGCUACAGAGCUCUUCGACAAGGUCCACCCGUGGGUCAACUACGAUUCCCUAUUAGCAAAAUGCUUGGUCGGCCCGCUGUCUUUCGAUAGACCAGACGCGGACGAAUUAUUCAGCACGCCUCUAUCACGCACCGAUAAGUUACGAGAGCCUUCAAAAGCUCAGCUAGUUAGAAAAUCGAUGGAGAAUUUGGCUAAUUGCAUAACGCCGGUACGGAAAAAGAUUACGGCGAAGAGCGAAGAAAAUGUCAAAGGAAGUCCGCCGAGCAAAAUUAUGCAAAGCUUAAUACAGUCCAGCGAUUUGCCGGUAUCGAUUAGCCGGCGAGCGGCGGCGAGUCCUGCCAAGACGGAUAAAUCUAAGGACACUCCAGCUCAAUUACGCUUCGAUUGGAUACAGACGUCGGCGAAACUUAUUAUCUCUUUAUAUACAGGGCAUUUAACAAAUCCCGGUGGCUCUGCGAAGUUAUCAAAUGGUACUCUAUCCGUUGAAGUGGCGACAGAUGGUUGGCUUAGAACAUUUAGGCUAGACCCUGAAGCAAGUCUUAAAGAUCAACUUCAGCUAAAAAUGUAUUCAGAGAGCGGGAAAAUUGAGGUAAUAGCAGUAAAGUCCGAGUGUAAAGUAUGGAAAGGGUGUGGCGAGGCGUCUUUCAGUGAUGCAAUACGGAUAACGACGCCAAUGAAGGUGGAAUGUCGGGUGAUGGAUGUUAGUAGGGUGACACACGAUACAAGUUUAAUAACUCUGGCCCCAAUUACCGGCCCGGUUAUAGUACCACUGGGGCACCAUGUCAGAGUACAUCAUAAGCAGUCAGAUACCGAAUGUAUCCGAUCGUACACACCCAUUGGGGACGGAUGGGAUAACUCAAGCAAUGAAUUCAGUUGUCUGAAGUUAGCUGUCAAGCGAUACGAAUCAGGCAGCCUCUCACCGUAUCUGACGUCAUUGGGGCUCGGUGACGUCAUCACUCUGUCGGGGUCCUACGGGAAUUUUCGAUUACAGCAGUUAAAACCAGUGAAAAUAUUAUACCUCAUAGCGGCGGGAACCGGUAUAACUCCAAUGUUAUCUUUAAUACGCUUCGUGUUAUCAAGGACGAAUCCGAGAUGCGAACGAGUACAUUUAAUAUUCUUCAACAAGACAGAAGAAGACAUACUUUUCAAAACAAAAUUAGAAGAAUAUGUUCAACAGGAUGAUCGCUUACAAGUACUACACAUCCUUUCAAACGCGAGUUCAACGUGGAAUGGCCUUAAAGGCAGAAUCAGCUUAGAUAUACUAAAUAAAAUUAUUUCUAAAGAUUCAAAUGCUCAUUUCGCUUGUCUCUGUGGACCUACGGAGUUCACGCACACAGGCGUAGAUUUGUUAAAGAAAAUUGGUGUCAAAGACAAUUCUAUUCACGCGUUUAUUGGUUAGUGAUCUAUGGAAAUCUUUUGGCGGGAAUUAAAUUCAACGUCAAUUGCAAUUGUAUCUUAAUUUUUGUUUGACAGUUAGUUAGAUCUAAAUACUAUUUGGUUUUAAUAAGUUGAAUAAUUAGAUACAUUUUGACUUAUCGCACUUUAUAAAUGCAAAACGUCAAGCAAUUUUUCUAUGAUCUUCUAAUAAAAAGACAAAAUUUAUGUAUAGUAUAAUAAGUUAUGUGUAAAAUCGCGGAAUAGAUAGGUUUGUAAGGGCUUUUCUUAGAUUUCUAUACUAAUAUCAGUUGUAUUACCAUUUUACUUCUCACAUAUAGAUAACCUGUCAAGUAUUUUGUACCCACAUAAACC